AGCCAUAUACUAGUUCGACCCCACCAUAUCUUCCACGUGACAAACUCGUGGCAUCCAACAAGACCUCACUGACUGCGGAUAGAUCAUCUCCAUCCACGUCACUAAGAAUCAACUCGCCGGGUGCCGUCGGAUAUGUCAUGCCACCUACUGCUACUAAUCGGAUAUAAUCUGGUAUAUCCCUUUCCACAGUUCAUACUUGUAACCCAACAUCAAAAAGUCACCACCAUAUCCAGUAAAAUUAAAAGGAUAUUCCGCAGCAAAUUCCACUUCAUUAUAUUUCUUUAUAUACUUGAACCAUUUCCUUUCCCCUUUCUUUAUCUAUUCCCUAUAUCUUCAUUCCGCAUCUUCAUUAAACUUACUGCACCAAAACCAAACAAAGCCUUAUUUUAAAGGAAGAAGUUUCUGGAUUGAUAUUGUACCUUGAAAAUGUCGGGUUUCUGUGUGAGAAGGAAGCGAGUCACUGAUCCUCUUGACGACGAUGCAAAAGCUCGACUCAUUGGCGGCCAACAACUCAGUUAUGUAAGUAGCGGCAGCGAACACUCCGCUGACGUUGAGUCACCUUGCUUAUCUGAACUCGUUCAUGGCUUUCUCGAGGUUGAUGAGGACGUUGAAACGCAGUCCUACGAUUACGACUCGGAUUCUAAUCGAGUUGACUCAGUUUCAGAUCGUACGGAAGAUGUCGCGAGAUCACUCUGUCUUUGUGAAAGGGAUUCGUAUAGAAACUUGCUGUUGUCCCAUGUUCUGAAAGGAAUAGAAAUGCUCUCGUUAUGGAGAAACCAAAGAACAGUGUUGAGACGUAAAAUGAUGUCGUUUUUGAGAGAAUUAGGCCACAAUGCAGCUAUUUGCAAAACCAAAUGGGACUCCUCGGGUGGACUAAAUGCAGGAAACUACGAGUUCAUAGACGCUGUCGUUUUAUCAAACAGGUAUAUUAUCGAUCUUGACUUCGCUUCACAAUUUGAGAUCGCCAGACCAACAAAUGAGUACCGGAAGCAAGUGCAAUCUCUGCCUAGGGUCUUUGUUGGAAAAAGUGAAAAUUUGAAGAGGAUAAUCAAAGUUAUGAGCGACGCGGCCAAGAGAUCUUUGAAAACCAGAGAUCUUUCCCUCCCUCCUUGGAGAAAAAACCGCUACAUGCAAAACAAAUGGCUGGGUCCGUACCAUCGGACUUGCAAUCAUCAACUAUCGGCUAACCCAACUAUGAUAGAAGCAUCUGUUAGUGUAGUCAAGUGUCGUCUUUUUGGAUUUGAAGAGGCUGUUAAUAGUUGUCAGUUUGUCCGUACGAGAUAAUUAUAACAGUAUUUUAAAAAAAAAAUAGUAAUAUGAUAAUCUUUUAUUGAUCCGUACCAUA